ACAACGGCUUAUGGGAGUGUCACGUGACUUUGAUUUUGCUCACGUGUAGUCGUUUCAGCAAACAGAAUAUCUUCUCGUCUUUUGGAGCUAGGUUUUGCGAUGGAGAUGGAAGGUGGGUCGUGGUGAGUGACAAACAUCUCUGACAAGUCUGGGACCACCAGCUUGGUGUCCAGGAUACUCUUAGAUAUGGAUAUUCUUCUGCCCGUGAUGAAAUAUCGCCUGCACACCCACUGGAACAUUGUCCUGGCUAGCCAUGCAGUGAGGGAGGAAGCUCGAGGAGCAGAUCUUUGCGUGAUGCACAAGGUAGUGGUUGUCCCCCUGCGAAUGCAGAUGGAGCGCAAGCAUUGUCUCAAGGGUUCAGAGGUUGCCGCCAUUGCAGUAGCUCAAUGA